GCGAUCUCCACGGGCACCCCCACCGUGGUGUCCUCCGAUUGGUCGGAGCCCGGCGGUGAAGCCGGAAGUGACGCCCAUCGCCCCGCCCACUCCCCCUCAGCCGCAGCCCCCAUGGCAGAGAACGACGUGGACAAUGAGCUGCUGGACUAUGAGGACGAUGAAGUGGAGAAUGCAGGGGGGGGGGAGGGGCCCGAGGCCCCCCCCAAGAAGGAGGUCAAAGGUUCCUACGUGUCCAUCCACAGCUCUGGGUUCAGGGACUUCCUGCUCAAGCCUGAGCUGCUGAGAGCUAUUGUGGACUGUGGCUUCGAGCACCCCUCCGAAGUGCAGCACGAGUGCAUCCCACAGGCCAUACUGGGCAUGGAUGUGCUGUGCCAGGCCAAGUCAGGCAUGGGCAAGACAGCCGUGUUCGUGCUGGCCACCCUGCAGCAGCUGGAGCCCGUCACCGGCCAGGUGUCGGUGCUGGUCAUGUGUCACACGCGGGAACUGGCCUUCCAGAUCAGCAAGGAGUACGAGCGCUUCUCCAAGUACAUGCCCAGUGUCAAGGUCUCAGUGUUCUUCGGGGGUCUCUCCAUCAAGAAGGACGAGGAGGUUCUCAAGAAGAACUGUCCCCACAUUGUGGUGGGGACCCCAGGCCGCAUCCUGGCCCUGGCGCGCAACAAGAGCCUCAACCUCAAGCACAUCAAACACUUCAUCCUGGACGAGUGCGACAAGAUGCUCGAGCAGCUUGACAUGCGCCGGGACGUCCAGGAGAUCUUCCGCAUGACCCCCCAUGAAAAGCAGGUCAUGAUGUUCAGCGCUACCCUGAGCAAGGACAUCCGGCCUGUCUGCCGCAAGUUCAUGCAAGACCCUAUGGAGAUCUUUGUGGACGAUGAGACCAAGCUGACCCUGCAUGGCCUGCAGCAAUACUAUGUCAAGCUUAAGGACAAUGAGAAGAACCGCAAGCUCUUCGACCUGCUCGAUGUCCUCGAGUUCAACCAGGUGGUGAUCUUUGUCAAGUCAGUGCAGCGCUGCAUUGCCCUGGCCCAGCUGCUGGUGGAGCAGAACUUCCCAGCUAUAGCCAUUCACCGUGGGAUGCCGCAGGAGGAGAGGCUCUCCCGGUACCAGCAGUUCAAGGACUUCCAGCGCCGGAUCCUGGUGGCCACCAACCUCUUUGGCCGCGGGAUGGACAUCGAGAGGGUCAACAUUGCCUUUAACUAUGACAUGCCCGAGGACUCGGACACCUACCUGCACCGGGUGGCGCGCGCCGGGCGCUUCGGCACCAAGGGCUUGGCCAUCACGUUCGUGUCGGACGAGAACGACGCCAAGAUCCUCAAUGAUGUUCAGGACAGGUUCGAGGUGAACAUCAGUGAGCUGCCCGACGAGAUCGACAUCUCCUCCUAUAUUGAACAGACCCGAUAAAGGCUCCGCCCCCUCCCCCCCCUUCCCCUCCCCCCUCCGGGGCCUUUUAUAGAAAAACCCGACGUGAAAAGACAAAAAAACCUGGAAAUUGCCCCAAAAUUUGGCCCCUCCCCCCCCGGCUGUACAAUUUUGGUUGGUUUUGGUAAUAAAGUCGCCUUAUAUGGGCAAGAAA